AAACGUAUCCAUAUCAUUCUUGUGUUCUCUCCUAUUUCACCUGGCUCAUCCAUAGGCUGUAAAAAUAAGGGCUCACCUCACAGUCUGUACAGUCAUCAACACAACGCGAGGGGCGGUAGCGAGCCAACAGAGUCCAUUUCCAAAGGUGUCAUCAUUUUUAUUGGGAAAAAGUUCUGGUUGGUUGGGCAUACCAUUUGUCGAGGACUCCGUAAAUGUCUUAAGUCAUGUUUUACGAGAACUCCGCAUGGAAGAAACACAAAAGUUGUGGGACUUCAUCUCUCCUCCCUAUGACUCCCAAGAAACCUCAGCAGUGGCUGCAAGUGGUCGGACAUGCAGGGAGCUUUCAUGUUGGGGAUUAUGGCACACUGCUGAAGAAGUUUUGUGAGGGGGAGCAACAAUGCUACCUUAGGCUGAUGGAAGACGUUUUGAGGCCCUUUGUUCCAGCCUACCACGGUGUGGUGCAGCGGGACGAGCAGGAUUACAACAUGAUGGAUAACUUGCUGACCCAUUUUAACUCACCUGCCAUCAUGGACUGCAAGAUGGGCAGCCGCACAUACCUGGAGGGGGAGCUGCAGGUGGCCAGAGAACGGCCCCAGCCUCGUAACGAUAUGUAUGAGAAGAUGGUGGCUGUGGACCCAGAGGCCCCAACGGUCCAGGAACGAGCCCUGCAGGCAGUGCUGAAAACCAGGUACAUGCAGUGGAGGGAGACGCUGAGCUCCACAACAUCUCUGGGUUUCCGUAUCGAAGGAUUCAGGAAGUCAAAUGAAGAAUGUCACACAAACUUUAAAAGGACCAAAAGCAGAGAGCAAGUGAUGGAAGCACUUAACAACUUUGUUGAGUCCAAUACACACAUUGUGUGGGGCUAUCUGAGACGGUUGAAACAACUGCGGCAGGUCUUGGAGGCGUCAGACUUCUUCAGAACACAUGAGGUCGUGGGCAGUUCCUUACUGUUUCUGCAUGACUGGACAGGCAGAACAGGAGUCUGGAUGAUUGACUUUGGAAAGACAGCGGCAUUGCCGGCACACCUUGCCUUGGACCACCGCACUCCCUGGGUAGAGGGCAAUCGAGAAGAUGGCUACCUGUGGGGUCUGGACAACCUCAUUGAUAUACUGGCCAACAUGCUGCCACUGACCUGAAUACCUCUCUAAACUUGUGGAAAUGUACUCUUAAUCUUUCCCUUCCACCACUCAUAAGUGAGUGACUGCAGAUGCAAUGGCUUCUGAAAUGUUUGUGUUAUCGGAAUUGUGGGAAUUAGAAAAUGCAGAAUAAGGGUG